UCGCUCUUCUCUUUUUCCCUCAUUUUGUGCUCCCACCUUCAUCACCAUGCGGCGUCUCUGCUUUCUUCUCCUUUUCACAAUCUCCCGGGCGAGGACUGAUGCCAUGCAGUCCUCACUGGAGAAGCCCGACUUCAGCUUGAGUGAGAACUUGCUGACCACAAAUGGGAGACUCACUGCUUUCUGUGAAAUGGAUGGCUCUCCAGGUAAAGUAACGUGCACCUUGUACGUGGGAAACACCUCUGUGAGCAUGGAGACUACGACUGGAGACACGUGUGAGUUUGAGGUGACCAGGAGACAACUGGAUGAAGAUACAGGCAACUUCAAGACACUGCAGCUGAGCUGCGACUAUCAGACCAACCAAGAAACUGGCGGUCAACGCUCGCCUCGCAGUGACCCUAAAGAAGUGCUGCUAUUAGGUUCUUUAGAGAAAGCCAUUCUGCGGGUGACACUGAGGUCCACCUCUCUGAAGAAGAUGAUUCGUGUCUCCUGUGAAGUGAAAGGAUCCCACGCUGGAGUGAAGUGCCAGCUGUACGGUGACAAGAUCCCACUCAAGGACGGACAGUGCAGCUGGAAAAUGACUGGGGGGGAGCUGAUGAGGGGGACCAGGCCUGGACAGGUGCUGCUGGCCUGUGAUUACACACUGGAUGUGUGGAAAAGAUUUCCAGCGGCCGAAGGUCAUUUUGAGAGACACAGUAACCCAGUGACAGUGACUGUGAAAAAGAGAAGGAAACUGGGACAACAGAGACGACAGAGGCAGUGAAAGAGAAAUGUCUGGAAGAUCUCGGACUCGCCCAUUCUGUCCUCCUGGAAGUCAGCGUUCUCCCUUGGACCAGCUUCAAAUCCGGAUUGCUUUUUGUUCUUUCUACCUCUUUGUUUAUUUGUGUUUUGCUCCUUCCUUUCUUUUGUCCUCUGGAUCAUUUUAUUAAAUGGGGCAUCCUGUGAGACCCCAAUGCUGA